CCAGCAGCCAGAGCUGCUCCAGCUCCGUGCUGUUCCCUUGCCAGAAUUGACCACUGGAACAACGAGAAGGAGCGUCUCGUUCUCAUCACGGAUCGGUCCCUCCUGGUCUGCAAGUACAACUUCAUCAGCCUGCAGUGCCAGCACGUGACCAGGAUCUCCCUCAGCGCCGUCGACACCAUCUCUGUAGGAGAGUUUGAGUUCCCACCUAAGUCUCUCAACAGGCGGGACGGGGCUGGGGUCCGAGUGCAGUGGGACAAGCAGAGCCGCACGUCCUUCAUCAACAGGUGGAACCCCUGGUCCACAAACAUCCCCUACGUCACCUUCACCGAGCACCCCAUGGCCGAUGCUGAUGAGAAGGUCGCCUCCCUUUGCCUGCUGGAAAACUUUAAAACGCAGCUCAUCCAGGCUGUGAAGAAAGCCCACAAGGAGUGUCCCCUGCCGGGGCGGGCGAACGGCGUGCUGGUGCUGGAGCGUCCUCUUCUGAUCGAGACCUACCUGGGACUGAUGUCCUUCAUCAACAACGAGGCCAAACUUGGCUACUCCAUGACAAGAGGCAAAAUCGGGUUUUAGGAUUCAUUGCAUU